UCACCAAGUGAGCGGAGUUUACAUUCAGCGCACGGAAAGAAAAGCAGCAGCCAGCUGACGGUCAGCAGCGUGAUGGCGUCUGUGAGCGUGGUGGGUCAGCAGCCCGGUCCGCACACGGAGCCGCUGCUCUUCCAACUGCCCGGAACCACUAACAAAAUCCCGCCGCGGAGAAGGUCGUCCUGGGAGAAGAUGAUGCUCGCCAGGAGCGGCUCGGAGAUUGCUGCCGCUGAGGAGGAGCUGCGGGCUCGUCGCCUGCGGCGUCCGGGACCCGCUGGAGGAAUGAUGCCCGCCGGAGGAUGCGGUGCCACGGCCGGCCGCGGAGCGCCACGUAGCCCCGCGGAGGACAGAGAGGCGGUUAGCUGCGGGGUGGUCGCCUCAGGGAUGAGCAGCAGCGGCUUCAUGACCUGUGACUCCAACCAAAACACGGGCUGUCGGAAGGAGGCAGGAGGCUCUGCCAUGGAGAGCGGACCGAGGAGAGCACACCGGCUCCGGGACGGUCCAGAGGGCGGCUGCUCCGCGGCGUCAACCCCCGGAGAGAGCCGCGGGUUGCCGCUGGAGCGGGUCACUCAAGGCAGGACGGGCGUGGUGAAGCUGGCCCGCACCGAACCGCACCGCAGGCAGGCCUGGUCCAUCUUCCCACGGGAAAUGGACCCCAGAGUGCGGGCAGAGAGAGGAGAGGGACACCGAUUCCUGCCCAAGCCGGUGAAGCAGGACUGGUGUGACGCCUGCAGCAGGCAGGUCACAGCCCGGGGACUGCAGUGUCAGAACUGCAGCUACACCUGUCACCUGGAGUGUGAGCGUCGGGUCCAGCUCGACUGCAACCAGAGGGACAGAGAGGCAGCAGAAAGCCCAGAUCCCAAAGGACACGCCUCCUCCUCCUCCUCCUCCUCUUCCUCUGCAGCUCCUCUGCGUAAGCAAAAUGAAGCAAAGGAGGAAGAGGAGGGAGGUGCUAAGCAGCUGUCGGAGGAAGAGGUGCGAGUCAAGAUAGAGUCCUACAACGCUCAAGUGUCAGAAAAUGGCAUGAACCUGGCUGCAGACGGAUCUUUCACAGGCUUCAUCAAGGUCCACCUGCGGCUCAGUCGACCCGUCACAGUGGAGGCCAACCGGGGGCGCGGCCCGUCAGAAGAGCAGGGCGGAGAAAAGGGGCAGCAGACGGAGAAGAGGACGUCCUUCUACCUACCGAGCGACUGUGUGAAGCAGAUCCACAUCAGCUCUCUGACCACCACCGGCGAGGUGAUACAGGGCCUGCUGAAGAAGUUCAUGGUGCUGGACGAUCCUCGCAAGUUCGCCUUGUACAGGCAGACGCACCGAGACGGACAGGAUCUGUUCCAGAAGCUCCCUCUGUCGGAGCAUCCUCUCGUCCUGAGGCUGAUAGCAGGACCUGAUGCGGAUCAGCUCACCUUCGUUCUGAAGGAAAACGAGACAGGAGAGGUGGAGUGGCACGCCUUCUCUGUCCCUGAGCUGCAAAACUUCCUGGUCAUCCUGGAGAAAGAGGAGGCGGAGCGCGUUCGAGCCGUGCAGCAGAAAUACAGCGUUUACCGACAGAAGCUCCAGCAGGCGCUUCAAACACACGGUCCAUGAUGUCCCCAAGCCGGACCUCCAGGACACGCGCUGGGAUCUCAGUCCAGGGAGCGGAGCCUGAGCUGAACUGAACUCCGGACUCUUCAUGGACAAGCGCUCAGACAGAGAGAUCCACGUACUCCCUCUCAGGUCGCAUGCAGGCUCUCUUUCCCCACAGAGAACGGGAUCACCCUGCCAAGGAAGAUCUGAGGCUGCUCCCACUUCGGAUCCCAUCAAUGACUGAUGUGUUUUUGUUGUUUUUUUAAGUUUCCCAUCUCUCCUGCUACAACUACUGCUGCUGCUACUGCAAGUGUUACUUAUGCAUGAGUCCAUCAGCUCAUAGGAAUAAAACAGAAAGCAUGGUUGCUUUUAGCCGCAUCGAGCUGGAGCCGCAGGACAAUCAUACCGAAAACACGUCUGAUGAUGUCAUCAGAUCUCCUUUUUUUUUGUUAUUGUCUUCCCAGAUUAAAGCAGAAAAAAAUGCAACAGAUAACCGUACCCCCCGCAGCAUGACGCUGCCACCAGCGUGCCCUCACUAUGUUUAUAAGUUCCAUCCUGGCUCAUACAUGAAAAGAUAUUUUUUUGGUUGUUUUUUUUUCCACCACACAUGUUUUUGUUUUUCUUUAUUGCUGCCUAAAUCCAAAACUAAGAAUGCAUGAGCCCCAACCCUGGUGCGACGCUAAGAGAGGCAGCUCAGAACCCUUUAAGUUGUGAAGAAACUUCUAGUUUUUGCUGUGUGGGGAUGAAUUUGAACGUAAGAGGACGUUUACAGCGACGCUUACACUGACAGUUUUUUACUGAGAGGAUCUCGUUUAGAUUGAAGGUGAUGUAUGUAAACAAAUAACAUCUCAAUCAGCUUUUUUUGCACAUGUUGAUCCAGGCCAAACCUCUGAGGCUGGCAUGCAUUGUAAGAUUCAUAAUAACGGCUUUGAUUUGUUUGCAGUCCAUAUAAAUUGUGUAGAUACUGGGGGGAAAAAAGAAAAACGAAGAGUUAUUGGCUGAUAUGAGUUCAUUUUUUGCAUCAUUCCUACCUGCUGGUGUUUGUCUGCGGUCAUCCUGGGUAGACAGGAUUUAUUCCACCGCUUCUCAUUCUUAUGUUCAUUAUAAUCCGCUGAUAAGUCUGGUCCGAUGUCCACGAGGACACGCUUCUCUCUAAAGCCCACACCUGUGUGUCACCAUCCUCACCUCCCCGAGCUGUUCCUGCUGGCAGUGCCUUUUGUGUCACGUCUUCUACCCAUAGCGUGGGUUUCAGCACAUGUACAGGUGCCUGAUUGAGUUACAUGUGCGGGUUCCUCUGCAUGUGUGCAAUUAUGUCUCUGCAGUGGUGCUAUACGUUCAUUUUUAUUAGGCUUUUUUUUCGGUUUGGUUUUGAUCUUUUCCUGGUUUCAAAGAUACUCCCACGUGGGAGUUUAUGUGUAUGUGUGUGUUUUAUUUAUUUCAUUGUUAACCACCAUCCCAUGUGAAAUUAUGUAAACGUGUCGCUUUAUUUUUGCAAUUUAUUUUACUUGUAAAACUCUGUAUAAAUAUGUGACUAGACCUGUACAGAAAUUUAAAUGAAAUAAAAGA